UUAGCCCCACAGACCUCGCUAUCGAUAUGCUAAUGCUACCCGCUAACGUCACAGGUUACCGCGACAAGCCGGCAAGGACGCCGAGUUACGUUAUUUAUUAGGCAGCUUAACAUGUGAUCCGUUCAUUCCAUCUACAUAACCAUCUCAUACUCAUCAAAAUCUCGAAAAAUUACAGUCAAAGACAAUGUUAUAGGGAUUCUGUAUUAAUAAAUUCUAAUAAUGUUACAAUUUCAUUGAACUAUUGAGGCCGAGUCGGCUGAGGUUGAAGCUCUUCCGUUGAAAGCUCCCAAGGCGAUCACGUUACGUCAUCGUGAAGUCCGACACGACACAAAUGACCGAUCCACGUCUAAGAGAUAUUUUACCAGCACAAUUGCAUUGUUGACAUGGAUGACUAUAACGCAGAAGCCUUCGUCAACCGCGAUGAUCCCAUCCCGACGGUUGUUCUCGAUGGAUCUACGCCGCCUAGACCGCGGACUCCUUCCACAUCGGCAGAGCACUCCGACUCAGAAACUCCGAUACGUCGCAAAGGACUCCGAGGCCGUCUCUCGGCCUUCAAAGAGAAAGCCAAGAUUCAGGAUCAAUUAGUUGAGAAAUUAUUAGCUCAAGUGGUGCCUCUAGACGAUGCUCAGAUACCACAGGAUGAGCCCUCUCAGAAGGGCGGCAGCCCCGGCGUGGAGCGUCCAAACUUCAACCUAACCACCAUGUCCAAUAACUUCCGCCGCUUCAACGCUCGAAUAGGCGUUGUUUUUGUAUUCCAAGCCCGUGUAAUCCGCGUACUAUCUUGGAAACGACCUACUCAUACCCUCUCCUUCCUAGCUAUAUACACAUUCAUCUGCCUCGAUCCCUAUCUACUCCCCGUCCUACCAUUAACAAUCCUCCUCAUCGGCAUCCUAGUGCCAAACUUCGUAGCACGCCACCCCGCGGCCGAAUUCAGUCUAUCCAGCGAGCAAGCCAUAGGCUACUCGCCCCACGGGCCACCACUCGCUCCCGCGAUUACAGUCAAGCCCGUCAAAGAGCUGAGUCGGGAUUUUUUCCGGAAUAUGAGGGAUCUUCAAAAUAGUAUGGAGGACUUCAGUCAGCUCCACGACGGCAUCAUACGCUUAAUGGUGCCACGAACGAAUUUCAGCGACGAGGCGUUAAGCAGUGCCCUCUUCGUCGUACUGUUCGUUGCUUGCCUCGUCAUGUGCAUCGCGUCGAAUGUCCUACCCUGGCGCUUGAUAUUCCUAGCCCUAGGUUGGGUGGUUACGUGUAUGGGCCACCCGGCGAUCCAGCGACAGCUGCAGACCGCGCAUGAGAAGCAUAUCCAUCCGCAGGAGGAGAAAGCGAGGGGCUGGGUUGAGAAUUGGGUCGAGAAGGACGUCAUACUCGAUAGCGCGCCGGAGGUUAGGGAGGUGGAAAUCUUUGAGCUACAGCGUUUGUCGAAUGCGGGGGAAUGGGAACCUUGGAUAUUCAGCGCGUCGCCGUAUGAUCCCUUAUCGGCCCAGCGCAUUGCGGGGGACAGGCCGGUUGGGACAAGAUUCUUUGAGGAUGUGUUGCCGCCGAAGGGGUGGGAGUGGAGUGAGAAGAAAUGGGCUUUGGAUCUCUGGAGUCGUGAGUGGGUGGAAGAACGUAUUAUCACGGGUGUUGAGGUAGAGACGGAGGGCGAGAGGUGGGUUUACGAUAUAUACGACGAACAAGCGACGGAAAAGGUGGGGGUCGUCGAACCACCUACUACUCCGUCUAGCAAAGGGAAAGAGAAGGCAAAGGCCCCGCCCCUUAAGCCUAGUUGGGAGGAAGGUGAAGAUGGUGAUGGGAGGAGAGGCGAGUGGAGACGGAGGAGGUGGGUCAGGCUCGUGAAGAGGAAGAAUAUCCCCGAGGCUGCUGUGUAAGUCGGAAGUUUAUAUUACAGAUGUGAAAGUACUACUAAGUCAUAGCGAUAUGAUUCAUUAUUGUUAUUGUUAUCACUCGUGAUAUCACUCAUCCAUAUAACCCCAUACACGUCAAACAAAUGAAGAAUUAAUGGCACAAAUUUUCUAAAGAACUCACUUUCGCCUGUUAGGUCAUUGUAUGGGUUUUAUUAUUUUAUUUUCUAUGAACAGCGUGUAUUAAAUGAAAAAAAUCAUACAUAACUCCUAAACAGAAAACAGAGCC